AUGGCCUCUUAUUCUUCCUCUGUACUCAUCAUUGGGGCCGGCAACUUUGGUGCCGCAACCGCCCUGUCCCUCAUCAAGAAGGGCGACGUCAAGAUCACCCUUGUCGAUACCGCGGACUACCCGAACCCCAGAGCCGCCUCUUAUGACAUCAACAAGAUCGUCCGGGAUGACUACCCGUACAGGCUCUACAUGCGCAUGCUGGCCAAGGCUAUGCCGCUCUGGCGCCAGGACGAACUCUACAAGACGUGGUAUCACGAGGUGGGCAUGCUACGAGCCGACUCGAUGUCAUUCGGCGAGAAGAGCAUCGCCUCGUACCGCGACAUAGGCAUCGCCAACAACUCUGAGCUGCUGCCCGUGGACGAGGUGCGGCGGCGCUGGAACGGUCCCCUGGCCACAGCCGACUUCAAGGGCGUGGACCCCUGUACAACCCCAGCCGGUACUUGGGAUAACAUCGGGGACGCCACGCGACUGAUCGACGUCAUGAGGAGCGCCGGUGGAGCAAACCAGAUCACGGCCGGCUCGAAGGAGCUCUCGGUGAUGACACAGCAGCUCUGCCGAUUCCAGUACGCCGCUCUGGGUUCAACGUCUGAGCUGCGUGCCCGGAUAGCAUCCGAGCGGGAAGCAAGAACAGCGACCCUACCGGGAGCCGGUUGCAACGCAGUCGUGGACGCCGUACUGAGCGGGUUUGGGGAGCAAGACGUCCAGCUGACCGCUACCGACACCGAGGAGAGCAUGCUAGACAACGCCACAACGGUUAGCGUCCGGUUCGGACCAUCGACAUCCUUACUAGCGGCGGGGAGGCAGCUGGCGAAGCGCUUCACGCUCAACAGAAAGCAGUCGGUCGCCUUCUUACUCGUCUGCCGGCAGCUCGACCGCUGAUGAGGCCGAGCCGUGCGCGAUGCACGUCCAAGCAACGGGAGAGCAGCCGUUCAUUCUGGUGGAACGAGGAGUGGACUUUGCGGACAGCUUGCACGAGACGACCCAGAGCUAGGCGCUCUUCUGGACAGGGUACGGCACGGCACUCAGACAUGGCAAGAUCUGGCCCUACUGAAUACAAAGCUGGUUGACCGCUCCGAUAUCACCUUUAGUAACGGCUUGCGCGCCAUAACACCCCUGAACCGCAACCGAUGGAGCCUCAACUUGGAAGCCAUUGUGGACUGGGCGCGCUUCAAUAAGAGGUGUUGAAAGGACCAGGCAUAUAU